AAACAGUUUUUCUGACUUUCGACUACACAGACGCCAAACAGUGUCCACAUUCUGUGACAUUCAGUGUAAAUAUUCUCCAAAGUUUUAUUCAUGGAGAUGGAGUUGUGCUGGAUGUUGGUGUUGGUGGCUCACCUGUUGCCACAUGUCUUCUGCUUGUCUGUGGACAGCAGUAGGGACCAGCGUCUGGAACUCAUGGCCACGUCAAUCAAAGAGCUGAGGGAACUGGCUGAGAAACUGGACAAGAGACUGGACGAGCACGACAAGAUCAUUCAGCAGAUGAAAUUGUUUCUUGAUAGAGAAGAAGGGAGAAUGCAGAUGCCUGCGUUGACACAUGCGAAUAUCAGGAAGUCAGCAGAGUCUCUCUUUCUCGACAAAAGAUCAGACGACAUCGCCAGCUGGGAGCCUGUCGUGGCUCAGGUGACACAGCGACUGAACCUGGCGGAGGCCGACAUCCAGGCUUUGAAGAAUGCCGACAUAGCUGAACAACAGGCGAGAGGAACUACAUAUGUGCGAUGGGGUAACAACGCAUGUCCUAGCUCAUCGGAAAUAGUCUACUCAGGUUAUGUCGGUGGAUCCUGGUACGCACACGCAGGUGCAGCAACGAAUUACCUGUGUCUGCCACCCGACCCCACCUUCACCAACCACACCCUCCCUAGAUACGCACACGCUUUUGUUUACGGCGCGGAGUACGAAACUUGCGAUGAGCCGGAGUGCAACCUGUCGCCCACCUGCGCCGUGUGUCACACUCCACGCGAGUCCUCCGUCAUGCUCCCAGCCAGGAACACUUGUCACCCGGGGUGGACUCUCGAGUACUCCGGGUACCUCAUGACCAAUGCUCCAAGCUACGCGGGUAGCAUGGAGUACAUCUGUGUCGAUUCCGGUAUGGGUUACAUCCCCAGCAACAAGGCCGACGACAACGGUGCUAUGCUUCACUACACAAUAUAUCAGUGCGGCAGUCUGCCCUGUCCUCCCUACAUUGGGGACAGAAUCGUUGUGUGUGCCGUUUGCUCAAAAUAAAUAAAUAUUGAGUUUAUAAUGA